UCUUAUCUGGCAAAUCAUAAAAACAGGUUCGGUUUUAGAGGAACUGGUCCCAAAAAUCAUAAAAGGAGCAGCUGAGUGACGGUGACGAUGGAGACGCAGUAACAACUGAGAGAUUCCCACCAACAUGGAGAUGCCUUUAUAAGUUUUCAACAAGCUUCAGAUCUGCUUCACCUUCUCCCUCUUCCUAAUCCCCUUCUGAUCGCUUAAACCCAUUCUAAGCUCCGACAGAGAGAGAGAAGAAGAAGAAGAAGAUGCCUAGGCCAGGUCCAAGACCUUACGAGUGUGUGAAACGAGCUUGGCAUAGCGAUCGUCACCAACCCAUUCGAGGUUCCAUCAUCCGCCAGAUCUUCAGACUCGCCAUGGAAGCACACAGUGCGGCUACGAAGAAGAACAAAGAAUGGCAGGAGAAGCUUCCUGUUGUCGUCUUGAAAGCCGAGGAAAUCAUGUACUCUAAAUCCAACUCCGAGGAAGAGUAUACAGAUGCUGAUACUAUGUGGAAUAGAGUCAAUGAUGCUAUUGACACCAUUAUUAGACGAGAUGAAAGCACUGAGACUGGCCCUCUUUUGCCUCCUUGUGUUGAAGCUGCUCUUAACCUUGGGUGCAUUGCUGUAAGAGCUUCAAGAAGCCAACGACAUAGUAACGUCAGGACUUACCUCUCUCCAAAAUACCAACAACCUGUUUCUGCAUCUGCUAAUGAGCCGCAAAAGACUAACAAGCCAACCCAUACCGCUCAACCUGCAAUCCCAGUGGAGGUUCUUGAGGACAGCAACAACCGAGGAGCAGCGUUUUUACAUGAAAAGCCAUUGGCUAGAAAACUAGGGACUAUCACUGCUGCUCCAGGUACAGCAGCACCAGCGCCAAUGAACUUGGGUUCGGUGUAUCCUUUGUAUUAUGGAGGUAUUAAUCAGACUCAGCAAGUGGACUUGUCUUCAAGAGUCCCUGAGACGCCUAUAAUCGUGGGCAUGCCUGUUAGUAUAAAGGCUCCGGAAGAAAGAACAGAGAGGUUCUGUGAUUUGUCUUUGAGGCUUGGUGUAUCUUCAGAUCAUCCACCCUCCACAACAAUUGAUGUUGGGUCUAGCCGGGCUUACAAAGGAAGAGACCAACAAGAGUUAUGUUUAUUCUCUGAGGUGAAGAAGAAACAUGAUUCGUUCUCAAAUUACCAAGGUCAGCGUUCAGAUUCGAGAGUUAAAAAACACAAAACAUUUUGUGGAGACUUCCUCUAGGGAUUUUUUUGCUCAAAACUUGUAAAAGUCUCAGGUUUAUUGGUUGAUAUAUUAUGGACUCUCUAGAUCGAUUAUCAAAUCUACUCUGUUUACAUAAA